AUGGCGACGCCAGGCCCCGCGGGUGCCGCGAGCGUCAGCUUCGGCGCAGACGACGAGGUCAAGAAGCGCGUCGGCAAGAAACUUGUCAAGAAGCGCUUCGAGACAAACACCCCAGCCAUCGAACUGCCCGAAAGGUUAAAGGAGGGCGACGAUAGCAGAGAGGAGGAUCUGGUCCCGACACAGGGCCCGCCCAUGUUCAUGAACAUGAACCAGUCCAUCUUCGGCCUCAUCGCCGCCGCCGGCUCCCGUGUCGACUUCCACGAUCGCUUCGAGUCCAGCGAUGACGACAGCGGUGACGAACCCGACCACGACCGCCAACGCGACGCCCUCGACGACAAGAGCCGUGGUCUCGCCCAUCUUCUCCACCGCAAGCAGCGCCGUCCCGACACCCACCAGCCCGACCUCUCCAAGACCACCGUCCUGAAAAAGGAUUCUUCCUCCAAGAGCGAAAAGCACCGCCGCAAGAUCUCCGGCUCCAAGCUCCUCCGCUCCCUGCCUGCCCUCCCGCGCCUGCCGCGACACAAGUCCAAAAAGGAGAAAUCCAAUCUACAGUCUCCCUCCUCCGAUGAAGCCACCCACCCCUCCGAAGUCCGCCCGACCCAGCCCACCAACCAUAUAAGAGAGGAAGAGGGGGAAGAAGAAGAAGAAGACGACGACGACGAGGACGGUCGAGACUACCGCCAUGCCCCGGUCAUGAGUCGGAUGCUGGAAGCCAAAGCCGAGAUGUCCGCUAGACCCAGCUUUGACAUCGAUCGCCUCUCCGCCGACCAGCUCACUUACAGCGAUUCCACCGAGUCCAACUCGACCGCCCUGGCACGUCGCCUGCAGGACAUUUUCGAAUUUGACCACCCAGAGGCUGUUAUAGAGGAAUACCCUUGCUGGCUGCUCCAGAGCGUCCUCCUCCAGGGCUACAUGUACAUCACGGCGAAGCACAUCUGCUUCUACGCCUACCUUCCCAAGAAGGCGCACGAGGUCGUCAAGUCGGGCUAUCUGUCCAAGAGCGGCAAGCGCAAUCCCAAAUACAACCGAUACUGGUUCCGCCUCAAGGGCGACGUUCUGGCAUACUACAAGGACCCUUCCAACGUCUACUUCCCGAGCGGUCAGAUCGACCUCCGCUACGGCAUCUCGGCCAGCGUCAACGACAAGAAGGAUGGCCUUGGCUUCACCGUCGUCACCCAUCACAGGACAUACCACUUCAAGGCCGACAGCGCCCCCAGCGCCAAGGAAUGGGUCAAGAGCCUGCAGAGGGUAAUAUUCCGUUCCCACAACGAGGGCGACAGCGUCAAGAUCUCGCUGCCCAUUGAGAACGUCAUCGACAUCGAGGACACCCAGAUGCUCGAGUUCGCCGACACGUGCAAGAUCCGCGUCAUCGACAACGACGAGACGUACGCCAUUGAUGAGUACUUCUUUUCCUUCUUCAGCUUCGGCAAGGACGCCAUCAACGUCCUCAAGAUCCUCAUCGAGGAUGCCUCGUCCAGCGCCAGAGAUGCGGCGAUACUCAAGGCCACGCAGGAGCAGCAGGACGAGAGGCAGCAGCAGCAGCAGCAGCCGGUGGCCGCCUCGGCGCGCAGUUCCACAAGCGUAAGCAGACGUCCCUCGGCGCCGCUCAGGCUCAGAACCAACAAGCUUCCUGAUGCCGUUAAGGCGACCCUUUCGCCCUUGUCCGCCCACAGCCCCUCGGCUCUCAGCCCGCGCGCCAGUAUGGAUGCCGCGCACGCCAGCUUUGACGCCUUUAGGGGUUUCCGUCGGAGGAGUCUGGACCUGUCGACCAUCAUCCGUGAUUCCUCGCCCCGGCGCAGCUUCAGCGGCAACAGGCGCUCGAUGAGCAGAAACCGACUGGACGAAUCCCGCCAUACGCCGCACAAUCAAGGUUCCACCGACUCGUACGUCCAGUCUUCCAUGGAGGACCCGAGCUAUUCCGGGAUGGUGGCCUCGUCGAGUGAAGAUCCUUCAGCGAGCCAGAUCCUGCGAGGCAGCGACGUCUUCCAAAACCCUACGAUGCACCGGUCGGCCUCGGUCUCUCGCACGGAGCUGGAGAAGAACCAACAACGGGAGCCCAGGAGCCCUCCCGCCCUAGCUGCCUACAGCGGGCAGCGUGCAGCGACCACCGGCUCCAUCAACGACGGGGACAAGCCGCCGGCGACGCCGACCCUGCAGAGCAUCACGAAGAUGGGUGCCUUCCCAUUGCAGCGCGUGGGCGCCUUUGCCGAGUACCUCAAUAGCACCAGCAGUAAGUUGGGCUCGAUGCUUGCCACGGAGUCCAUGGGCUAUGUCGAAAAGGUGUCCGGCAUGUGGCGAGGCGGUCGGAAGCACUAUGACGCUCCGCCGGAAAUCAAGACGGACGACGAGGAUCUCUACGAGGAUGCCGAGGGCAAGAUCCAGACGUCCAUGGAUCGUUUCCGCGCGCACUUCGCGCUGCCCGAGACGGAGAAGCUCCAAGCGACCUACUUCGGCUACAUCCUGCGUGUUCUGCCGCUGUACGGCAAGAUCUACAUCAGCGACAAGUCGUUCUGCUUUCGGAGCCUGCUGCCAGGGACGAGAACGAAGCUCAUCCUUCCCCUGAAAGACAUUGAGAACGUGGACAAGGAAAAGGGUUUCCGGUUCGGCUACUCGGGUCUCGUGAUUGUCAUCCGAGGUCACGAGGAGGUCUUUUUCGAGUUCGGCCAGGCCGAACUCAGAGACGACUGCGCCGUCACGUUGUUGCAGAGCUUGGAGACAACCCGCUAUCUGAAGGAGACGGGAGACUUGGACAUGGAAGAAAAGGAGGAAGAGGUGAAUGCCAUGGCCGAGCGCGACGCGCUAAAGGAGGCCCGCCAGGUCGAGGAGUUCCACGACCACGAGCUGCGCCUGCCAAAGGAGUGCGCGGGUGCCAGCGACGCCCCGACGAUCCUGUUCGACGACCCCAAGGCUUCGUUCCUCAACUUCAAGCCGUCCCAUUCGAUGAAGAUCACGUGCCUGACGAUCGGCUCCAGAGGUGACGUCCAGCCCUACAUUGCCCUGUGCAAGGGCUUAAUCGCAGAGGGCCACAAGCCCCGCAUCGCCACCCACGCCGAGUUCAAGGACUGGAUCGAGGGCCACGGCAUCGAGUUUGCCAAGGUCGACGGCGAUCCUGGCGAGCUCAUGAGGCUCUGCAUCGAAAACGGCACCUUCACCUGGGCCUUCUUGAGGGAGGCGAAUUCCAUGUUCCGCGGCUGGCUGGACGAGCUGCUGGUGUCGGCCUGGGAGGCUUGCCAGGGCUCGGAUCUCCUCAUCGAGAGCCCCAGUGCCAUGGCCGGCAUCCACAUUGCCGAGAAGCUCUCGAUCCCCUACUUCAGGGCCUUCACCAUGCCCUGGACCCGAACCAGAGCCUACCCUCAUGCGUUUGUUAUGCCCGAAUACAAGAUGGGCGGCGCGUACAACUACAUGACCUACGUCAUGUUUGACAACAUUUUCUGGAAGGCCACCGCGCACCAGAUCAACCGCUGGCGCAACAACACGCUCAAGCUGCCCAACACCAGCCUCGAGAAGAUGCAGCCAAACAAGGUGCCGUUCCUCUACAACUUCUCCGAGUACGUCGUCGCACCGCCGCUGGACUUUUCGGACUGGAUCCGUGUCACCGGGUACUGGUUCCUGGACGAGGGAUCGGAUUUCCAGCCGCCCAAGGAGCUGACCGACUUCAUCGCCAAGGCGAGGGCGGACGAGAAGAAGCUCGUGUACGUCGGUUUCGGCUCCAUCAUAGUCAACGACACGGCCAAGAUGACCCAAGAGGUCAUCGACGCCGUUCUCAAGGCAGACGUCCGUUGCAUCCUGUCCAAGGGCUGGUCGGACCGCGUAGCCAAGCCGGAAGACGCGGGGGGCACGAAGAAGGACGAGCCGGUCAUGCCGCCCGAGAUCUUCGUCAUCAAGAGCGCGCCGCACGACUGGCUGUUCUCGCAGAUUGAUGCGGCGGCGCACCACGGCGGAUCCGGCACAACGGGCGCCAGCCUCAGGGCGGGUAUACCCACCAUCAUCCGACCGUUCUUCGGCGACCAGUUCUUCUUUGGUGCUCGCGCGGAAGACAUUGGUGUCGGCAUCUGCCUGAAGAAGUGGGGGGCGGUUUCUUUUGCCCGCGCCCUCUGGGAGGCUACGCACAACGACCGCAUGAUAGUCAAGGCCCGCGUGCUCGGCGAGCAGAUCCGCAGUGAACGCGGAGUGGAGAACGCCAUUCAGUGCAUCUACCGCGACAUGGAGUACGCGACAAGCUUGAUCAAGAGAAAGGCGGGCAAGCAUGCCCAGGCCGAAGAGUACGACGACGAGGAGGCCGAGGAGAGCUGGACCUUUAUAGGAAGCGACGAGCCAGACCCGGACAUGACGACCAAGAAACUGUCAGAGAUAGGAGGGGUCCCCGGGUUACCAGAGUCCAAGCCCCUCGGCAACAGAGUGAUGCGCGUGUCGCCCUCGGCCUCGCAGCAGCAGCAGGCAGUCUAG